UUCUCGUGAUAACGCCACCCUGUAUGGAUUCACAUAUUAUAUUGACUUUUCAUUUGAUGUAAUGGAGGAGGCAGGAGCAGCAGAGGACAUGUUUGAGUCCUUGGAGGAGUUCCACAUAGUCCUCAACGAGCUGGUGGGGGAUGAGAGUAUGGACAAGGUCCGAGUGGAGUACGAGAAGCUCAUCCAUGCUCUGAGGAAGUCUCGUGAGAAUGAGAAGAGGCUGAUGUCCAAAUGCAGGGAGCUGAAUGCAGAAGUGGUGUCCACAUCCACUAAAGUGGCAGCCGCUCUGAAACUGUCCCAGGAAGAUGAGACCACGAUCACUUCACUGAAGAGGGAGCUGGACAAAGCUUGGAAAAUGGUCGAUGCUGCUCAUGCUAAAGAGAGUAGGGACAAAGAGACCAUCAGGACUUUAAAAGAAGAAGUUGCUAACCUAAUGCACGCAGCUGAACAACAAACUAACAUCUCUUUGGACCAAGAGCAGAGCCAUCUUCUGAAGAUAAACGAGGAGUUGACUGUGGAGAGGGAUGAACUGCUGACCACUGUGAAGGCUCUGAGAGGAACACUUCACAAAGCCAUCACAGCGGAGCAGGAGAUGGAGGCCCAACGAGAACAAGCCUCAGAGAAUAUCGCUCAGCUUCAGCAGGAGCUCCAGGUACAGCAGAAUGAAAUAUCACGGGAGAUGAGGCUGAAGGAAAAGCUGGAUAAGGAGGUGAAACAGCUGCAGGUGGAUAUGGAGGCCAAGGUGGGGGAAAUGAAGGCUCUGAAUGUGCAGGGCCAAAGAGCCAAAGAGGAGCAGCAGAGACUGGAGCAGCAACUCAGAGAGCUGAAGAUGUUGAAUGAGCGGUACACUAAGGAUCUGGAGCAGAUGCAGCUGAAGAACAACAAGCUGCUGCAGGACAGUGAGCAGCUCUCUGCAGCCAAACAGCACCUCUCCCUGGAAAAUCAGCGGAACGCCAACGAGCUCAAGAUAAGAGAAGACGAGGUGAAUCAGAUGCGUCAGGAGAUGGCCAAACAAACAAAGAUGAGAGAAACCAUUCAGAAGAAGUUCCACCAGAUGGAGGAUCAGAAGGCUGAUGUGGAGGUGCAGAGGGAGACGCUGAGAGCUCAGAUAGCUGCUCUGGAGAAAGAUCUUGAAUCCUCCCAGAAGCAGGUUGAAAGUGACAGAAAAGCCAUAGAUGAGCUUGUUCGAGAGAGAGACAUCUUAAAUAAGAACAUGAUCAAGGCUGCACUCUCCACUGAGAAGCAACAGAGCCUGGUGAAGCUGCUGGAGCAGGACAAGAAGACGCUGGAACACGAGAUCAUUGGAUUCCGCCAGGAGGCCCAGAAGCAGCGCAAGAUCAUCCAACAGCUGGAGAAGGAGCGCGACCGCAACAUCAACGAGACCAGCAGCCUCAUGCAGAAGGUGCAACAAAAAGUGAAUGACGUGGAGGUGAGAGAGUUGGAGAUAUUUGAUUGGCGGAAGAAGGUCACUGAAGUGGAGUGCAAGCUGAAACAGCAAGAGAACCUGCUGGAGUCUGUCGUGUCUGAAAGGAACCUAUACAGCAAAAACCUCAUCGAGGCUCAGGAGGAGAUAGCAGAGACGAAGAAGAAGAUGAAGACCAUGGAUAACCAGGUCACCCGAUUGAGAGACGAGAUUGGUGGGAAGGAACUCGCCCUUGCAAAGGAUCAGCAAGAACAUAAGCGUUUAGAGAAGGAUAACGAGACCCUGAAGGGGGAGCUACAGCUCAUGAAGCUCCAGCUGGAAGAAACAAAGCAGUGUGUGGACGGUCAGAAAGCAGAGCAGCUCAAACUCCAGAAAAUUAUAUCCGACGCUGAUGCUGAGCAGAUCCAGCAGAAGAAACAACUGGAACAGGUGAUCAGAGAGCGAGACAACCUGGUCAAACAGCUGCUACACCGCAACGAUGAGCGCGCGCUGCUGUAUGAGAAGAUCAGGAUCCAACAAUCCAUCCUGAGCAAAGGGGACUUCCACUACAACCAGCGGAUGGAUGACAUACAUCUGCUGAAAGUGGAGAUUAAAAGGCUCCGGCGCAAGAAGAGCAUCCUGGACCAGACUUUACCCAACAGAGAGGACCUGAGGCGAGAGCUGUUCCACCUGCAGAGGGAGCUGCUGAGAGAGAGGAUGAGGAACAGCGUCCUGGAGGACCAGCUCAAACCCAUAAACAUUCACCGAUGGAGGCGACUAGAGGGCAGCGACCCCGGCAAAUACGAACUCCUCCAGAAGAUUCAGUCUUUACAGAAACGACUGAUCGCCAAGACCCAAGAACUAGAGGAACAUGAACUUCUACUACAGGAAAAGGAGAAGUUGUAUGUGGAGCUGAAGCACAUCCUGGCCCGGCAGCCCGGUCCGGAGGCAGCAGAGCAGUUGCAGCAGUGCCAGUGGAUCCUCCGAGAGAGAACCAAGAAGCUAAAGGCAUUGAUAGCAGAGCUGAGGAUGGUCGACUCGAAGAUGAAUGAGUACAAAAGUGAGAAUCAAAGAUUAGCCAAUGAGAUGGCAAACAUCAAGAAGAAGUACCUCAGUCAUAAAAUGCUCCACAGUGAGCAGAGGGGCCGGUCUAAGGUGGAGCAGCUGGAGCCCCUGCCCCAGCUCAGCACCAAGGCUCACUUCACAGGAGGAGGCUUCAGGAUCGACAUCCCUGAAAUUUGGCACAUUUCCCCAGCCUCAGAGAAGUUGGGUUGAUGGAGGAAGACACACCAAAAUACCUCGACAUUCUCAGCAAUCUUGUGGUGGAGUUCGACCAUCGCUUUGAAGAUUUUAGAGAAAAUACAACAGCAUUUGAGCUGUUUGCUCAACCUUUUUCUGUGAAUGUGGAUACAGUCAGUGAGGA